AAAACUAACAUGCGGAAGUGGAUGUACGAGCGCGCCGGUUACGUCAGAUUGCGUCAGUGAAGACAUGAUGGCGAUGCGUUGGCUCACUCUCCAGAUGUGUUUGGUCUCAGUGUCCGCAGCCCCUCUAGAGGAUAUUCAAAUUGCCUACAUAUGUCAGGAGGGUAAUGUCACACUUGAAGCACCGUUUAAAGAAUUGGAUACCCAAUGUGAGGAGAGCUGGACCAUUGGCAAAGAGCCCAUUGCCAUUUAUAAAAACGACAGGGGUAAAGUAAAGACAAAGGAAUACAUUCCUCCAUGCAAGGACGUGUUCUUUGGAAAAGUCAUCCUUAGUAAAUGUGCCAGUGUCACAUUAACUAUUGGUUGCACCAAGGAUGGGUUAUAUGACGAGACCAGGAUCCACUUCUUAGGGACAAACGCUAUCGCUGCCACCGCAAACGCUCAAAUUGCUCAUUAUGGACUUUGGGCAUUGGUGAUGCUUUUGGUCUUUUUGAUCGUACUUUAAAUGUAAUCUGAAGGAAGCUGAAGCAAGGUGACUCCAACGAUGUUGGUCUCACCCAGAUGACACCCCUUGACAUCGAUCCAGCCGAUAAAGAACAGUUAGGCCCACUUUUUCAAAGUUAAUCUACUAUAAGCAUGAUGUAAUUAAUCUAAGGGAAACGUAUGACUUCUACAGCUUUAGUUGUAUGGUUUUUGUCUCAUUACUGUCUUCUACGCAACGUUACUUUCUUACCUUUUUUUAUGACCACCCAAUUUUUUUUACCUGUACAGAACAUAGUAAAACUCAACCAAGUAAACCAGUAUGAUGGGUGAAGUUCACAUCUUUUUUACCUAAGAGAGGAAGAAAGAAAGACAUUGUGUUUUGUUUUAAAUGAAAAUUCAACAGAACAUUUCUCGCUGCUGGCUACAUGCAGGGCCAUGUAGCCAGAGUUAUUUAUUAAAUAUUUAUUAAGCUAUGUAUUACCUAGUGAAUAUAAAAUGCAAGUAUGAAUGUACAAUUAGCUAGGAAAACAAGCUGUGAACUUGUUCGUUACAAUAAAUGCAUUAUUACAUUGCCAUCUCUCCCUUGGACAAUUUAAGGCACGCAAUGGUUGUGCUUCAUCAAGAUGCUUUGGAACCAGUGCCACAUUUUAAGAAUAUAUAUUUUAAACUAGUCUUAUAUAGGUACUCCUACUCACCCCUAGAUCAGACAAUAAGUUUAGAGACAAGUGACUCGAUUGAUUUCACCAGAGAGAUGAUAUGUACAAUAGUGUUUAACACUUGGUAAUAAUAAUACUUCUUACCUCCCUCCAGUCCACAAAACCAAACACUUUUAUAUGAACUGACAACCAUCAUUUUACACACAUUAAGAGGAGCCCUUUUGAACACGAGCAGCGUUAAACAUUUUAAUAAGGUUGAUUAUCUUGUGUUGAUUUCAUGCAUGUGUACUUUCGUAGCAUAGUUGUAUACCAUAAUGUUUAGCAUGCUUUUGAUGAGAUAAUCACCCAUUUUCAUGCUCUGCUCAUUUUCUAAUUUGUCCUGUGAUGUGCUGGUGAUGCAUUAAAAAUAAUUGUCUCCAAACAUUGUGACGCUUUUGUAUCAGGGUUCUGAUUGCCAACACAUGUACACAAAAGUACAAAU